AUGGCCAACAACAUCGAAUCAACCUCGCAGGAUACCCUCCCUCCAACACCAGCCAUGACAGAAAAGGAUGAACGUGAGGGCUUGCCUCAGACUGUCAGUCAUUGCCUGGAUUCGGACGGUCCAGAUGACCCAGAUCUACCAUUGAAUUGGCCAAAGGCCAAAAAAUGGACAAAUAUCAUGAUAGUAUCUAUUCUGACACUCUUAACCCCCUUUGCAUCAUCCAUGAUUGCACCAGCAAUUCAGCCCAUCAUGGACGAAAUGCACGAAACGAAUCCCAACAUUGGUUCAUUCAUGGUAUCAAUCUACCUCCUGGGUUACGCCUUCGGUCCUCUCUUCCUCGCCCCGCUCAGUGAGAUCUACGGUCGACUCCCCAUAUACCGCAUAUGCAUGGUCACUUUCCUGCUUACAAACAUCGCAUGCGCUCUGUCGGUCAACAUGCCCAUGCUUAUAAUCUUCCGUCUCCUGACCGGCUUGGCCGGCGCGUGUCCGUUGACUAUUGGUCCUGCGAGUGUUGCAGACUGUUUCUCUCAGCAGGAGCGUGGUCGAGCUAUGGCUAUUUGGAACAUGCCUGUUUUGCUGGGCCCGAGUCUUGGACCUGCUGUUGGUGCGUAUGUCUCGAGAGGUCUGGGAUGGAGAUGGAACUUUUGGCUGCUUAUUAUAAUGACUGGAGCUGUGCUUAUUGUCUGCGCUUUCGUCCAAAAAGAGACUCAUCAUCCAACUAUUCAGAGAAAGAAACUCAAGCAACUACGCGCGGAGCGUGACACUGAAGACUUAUCGCCAACUACACCCCACAAACAACUGAUCAAAAGAAGUCUGGCUCGCCCAUUGAAGAUGCUUUUCUUGUCACCGAUCAUCUUUGGUCUCUCAUUCCUGACCGCGAUCGCCUACGGAACCCUAUAUCUUUUAUUCACGACAGUCUCCGAAACCUUCAAAACAAAAUACGGCAUAGUCACCAACGUCGGUCUUAUCUAUCUCGGCUUCGGAUGCGGUCAAAUUGUCGGACUGAUACUCUUCGGCAUGGUCUCAGAUCCAAUUCUCAGAAGAAUGGCCCGGGGUGGUGAACUCAAGCCCGAGUACCGACUCCCCCUCAUGAUCCCAUGUAGUGCGAUAAUCCCAGUCGGGCUGUUGGUAUAUGGAUGGACAACAGAGUAUGGAGUCUUUUGGUUUGUGCCGAUAACAGGCACAUUCAUGAUUGGCUUCGGAAUGAUCACUGUGUUUACAUCUGUGAGCACUUACUUGGUUGACGCGUUCCCUACUUAUGCCGCUAGUGCUACUGCGGCGAACACAGUGCUUAGGAGUAUUGGAGGUGCGCUUUUGCCUCUUGCUGGUCCAAAGAUGUUUGAUGCCAUUGGCCAGGGAUGGGGAAAUACACUGCUUGCGGGCGUAUCGUUGGCUAUGAUUACUAUGAUUGUUAUAUCCUACAAAUAUGGGGAACGCCUAAGGACAGGAGCAAAGUUUCAGUUAGACUAA